GCCGCCGGGAACCUGCGCCCUGCGCCGCCGCCAGGAUGUGGCUGGGGGCUGACGUCGGGCCCAGAUGUGGCCCCGGCCCCGCCCCGCCCACCCCCGGGGGCCGGGCCGCCCACAACCGAGCCGCCGGGGAGGCGCGCACACGGCGCCGGUCCCGCCCGUCCACCCGCCACAAUGCUUGGCGCCGCCGCCGUCCCUCCUAACGCCGUCCCCGCUCGGCUUCCCUAGGACAGGCCGCUCGAGGGGGCCCCCAACUCCUCCUGGACGCCCGCCCCCCCUGAACCUCUCCGUGCGCCCCUCUCCAUGCGCUCCCGCUCCGGGGCCCGGCCGGGCGGGUGACGGCGCAGGCGGCCCGGAGCCCCGCGCGCAGCCGGCGGCGGAGAGGGCAGCGCCCUCCGCACCCCCUGCACCCCGUCCCCCGCCCCCCUCGCUCUCCGGGAGGCUUUGGGGUGCGGAUGCGCCUCUGAUCACGACGAGGAGCCGAGGAGGAGCCGCCCGCAGCAUGGCAGCCGCCGCCUACGUCGACCACUUCGCCGCCGAGUGCCUCGUGUCCAUGUCCAGCCGCGCCGUGGUGCACGGGCCGCGCGCGGGGGCGCCGCCGGGGCCGGAGCCGGGCCCCGAGGGCGCGGUCCCCGCCGCCUCCACCUCUGUCUCCGCCGUCUCCGCCGCCGCCGAGGAGCCGCGCCGCGACGGCAAGGACCGCGCCUCGCUCUUCGUGGUGGCGCGCAUCCUGGCGGACCUCAACCAGCAGCCGCCCGCGCCCCCCGGGACCGGGGAGGACCGCCGGGGGGACCGCCGCCGGGAGGGGGGCGCCGGGGCCGGGGCCCGCAAGGCGCGCACCCCGUGCCGCCUGCCCCCGGCCUCGCCCCCGGCCCCCCGGGCCUCCCCGGAGCGCGCCUGCCCCGCCGCGCCCCCGAGCCCCGCGUGGAGCGAUCCCGAGGAUCUUGGGGAUCCCCAGGAGCCACAGGAGCCCCCGGAGCCCCAGGAGGCGGGUGUGGAGCCCCAGGAGCCCGGCCCCAGACAAAGGGGCCGGCGGGCCCGCAGCCGCGCCGACCCGGAGUCGCCGCCGCGGAGGCACAAGUGCCACUACGCGGGCUGCGAGAAGGUCUACGGCAAGUCCUCGCACCUCAAGGCGCACCUGAGGACGCACACAGGAGAGCGGCCCUUCGCCUGCGGCUGGCCCGCCUGCAGCAAGCGGUUCGCGCGCUCGGACGAGCUGGCGCGCCACCACCGCACGCACACGGGCGAGAAGCGCUUCGGCUGCCCGCUGUGUGGCAAGCGCUUCAUGCGCAGCGACCACCUCACCAAGCACGCGCGCCGCCACGCCGGCUUCCACGCGGGGCUGCUGCCGCGCCGCGGCGGGGGGUGCGGCUCCGGGGGCUCCCGCCCCGGCUCGCUCAGCGACCACAGCCGCUCCGACGCCAGCAGCCCGCCCGCCAGCCCGGCCAGCCCGCCCUGAGGCCCCUGACCGGCGAGGGAUCCCCCAAAACAGCACAGACUCGACCCCAGCCUGGCCAGCCCGCCCUGAGGCUCCCGCCGGCGAGGGACCCCCAAAAACAGCACAGACCCGCCGGCCAGUCCGCCCUGAGGACCCCCCGCCGGCGAGGGACCCCCCAAAACAGCACAGACCCGCCCCCAACCCGGCGCAACACCGGCUUGCGCGCCUCCGCCCUGUGCGCUCCUGUGCGCUCCUGUGCGCACGGAGGUUCCCCCCACUCCUCUCUCUCUCUCUCCCUCUCUCUCUCUCUCUCUCUCUCUCUCUCUCUCUCCCCCUCCCACCUCCCCAGGACAGCCAUGAGCACUCGGAUGCUCUCUCCCGUUCUCCUGGGACCCCCCUCUUUCUCUUCAGUCAUCUGGAAAGAAAAGAGAAAAGGAAAGAGGAAAAGCCUGCAAGCCCAAGGGCCCCAGGUUCCCCAAGUUCGAGUCAAGGUCAAGGGCGGGUACCUCCUCCUUGGUGGGAGCAGGAGAGCGAGGCAAGCCAGCGAUGUGUGUCUCUGUGUCUCCCUCCCUUCCUCCCUCUGUUGUCUCCAGGGGACAGGAUUCAUGAGAGAGAGAGAGAGAGAGAGAGAGAGAGAGAGAGAGAGA